AUGGAGGACGAGCAGUUCGUGCGGUGGUUCCGGGAGGCUUGGCCGUAUUUAUGGGCCCACCGCGGCAGUACAUUCGUUGUGAUUAUAUCGGGUGAAAUUGUGUCCAAUGGUACUUACUUGGAAUCAAUUCUCAAGGCAGGUACUCUGCCUUCUAAUUUUCUGAACUGUAUAUAUAUAUUUAUAUAUUUGGGUUUUAUCCAGGAUAUAGCACUUCUUCAUCACCUGGGGAUCAGGUUUGUUCUUGUUCCUGGACCCCAUGUGCAAAUUGAUGAACUUUUGGCACGAAGAGGAAAGAAGCCAAAGUUUGUUGGUCAGUACAGGGUAACUGACUCAGAUUCCCUAGAUGCUGCAAAGCAAGUGGCUGGGGCGAUAUCUAAGACGAUAGAGGCAAAGCUUUCUCCAGGACCCUCCAUGUGCAAUAUUCGUCGACACGGUGACAAGAGUCGUUUGCAUGAAGUUGGUGUCAGCGUAGAGAGUGGUAACUUUCUUGCAGCCAAGAGACGAGGAGUCGUUGCAGGUGUUGAUUAUGGGGCAACAGGUGAAAUCAAGAAAGUUGAUGUUUCUCGCAUGCGUAAGAGGCUUGAUGAUGAUUGUAUUGUGAUAUUGAGCAACCUGGGUUAUUCCAGCUCUGGAGAAACUUUAAAUUGCAACACGUAUGAAGUUGCAACAGCUUGUGCCUUGGCUAUCGAAGCAGAUAAACUUAUCUGCAUAAUAGAUGGUCCAAUUCUUGACGAGAGUAGACGCCUUAUUCGCUUCUUAACUCUUGAAGAAGCAGACAUGUUGAUUCGUAGGCGGGCUCAGCAAAGUGAGACAGCUGCUACCUAUGUGAAAGCUGUCGAUGAAGAACAUCUGUCUGGUUUUGGAUAUGAUGAUCAUAAUGCUACUCACCAGAAUGGGAGGGCUUUUAAGCAAAAUCAUACUGCAAGGUUUCACAACGGUGUUGGUUUUGAAAAUGGGAAUGGAUUGUGGACUGGUGAACAAGGUUUUGCUAUUGGAGGUCAUGAGCGGCUAAGUCGAUUAAAUGGUUACCUUUCAGAAUUGGCUGCUGCGGCCUUUGUUUGCAGGGGAGGUGUUCAAAGAGUACAUCUGUUAGAUGGCACUAAAGGGGGCAUGUUAUUGUUGGAAUUGUUUAAAAGAGAUGGAUUGGGGACAAUGGUGGCUAGUGACCUGUAUGAAGGAACCCGGAUGGCUAGGGCAUCUGAUUUCUCUGCAAUAAGACAAAUUAUACAACCUUUAGAAGCAGCCAGCACAUUGGUUCCAAGAAGUGAUGAACAGCUACGUGAAGAAUUGGAUUGCUUCGUUGUGGUGGAAAGAGAAGGUCAAAUCAUUGCAUGUGCUGCUCUUUUCCCUUUCCCAGAGGAGAAAUGUGCGGAGGUUGCUGCUAUUGCAGUUUCUCCUGAUUGCCGCGGUCAAGGGCAGGGUGAUAAAUUACUUGAUUACAUUGAGAAGAAGGCAUCCUCUCUUGGAUUAGAAAAGCUUUUCGUGCUCACAACACGCACUGCAGACUGGUUUGUGAGACGUGGUUUUUCACAAUGUUCAAUUGAAUCAAUACCAGAGAGGCGGCGGACAAAGAUCAUUCUGUCCCGUAAAUCCAAAUAUUAUACCAAGCACUUGUUACCAGACACUAGCGGAAUUACUGUUAACAGGGUGUUCACAUGAGGUUGAAAAUGCUGGCGGCAAAUCCUCUCCCCACCGGGUUUAGCUGCUGAAUCAUGGUCGAUACAACUUCAACAAUUUCAAUCUGGUUCAAGGAUCAUCCGAGCUCUAAACCGACCAUCGUGUUGUCACACUGACGGAAUAACGAUUUUUUCUUAAUAAAUGAUCGGCGAAGUUGAUUUUAUGUAAUAAAUCGAUAUUUGGAGGUGCUUGCCUGAACCAGGAGCCUAUAAAAUUUUUGAUUUAAAACAA